CCCCAACUCGUCCACCGAGAGCAACGCGGAGCCAUGAGCCGACACUCCAAGAACAACACGGCCACGCAUCACUUCACGUACCGAGAAAAGGAAGCGGCAGGGCAUGGCACACUCAAGCGCCGGUACGGCAAAGACUCCCAGCUCGCUUUCGGUUGUUGCAGCCUGUGCCUGAAACCCAUUCUCGAGAAAGAGGAACCACUCGCGAGUCCAUGUGGGUUUUUAUACUGCAAGGGGUGCAUUUACGCCAAUUUGCUCGCACAAAAGCAGCAGAUCAAGCUUGACCUGGCUGCGUAUGAAGCGCAGGAGGAAGCCAAGCAGGCCAAGGAAGAUGCAGAGGCACUCGCAGCAGAACGACAGCUUCUCGAAUCGACGCUCGGGGUGAAUCGGCAAGUGGACUUUAUCAAGAGCGCCGACGACCGCGCUCGACUGCAAUUGAGCUCAAAGAUCGACUUGGAAACCACUGCCGAGAAGGCGAAGGAACUGCGACGCACAUCGUUCUGGGUCCCAGGGUUCACUCCAUCGGCAGAGGUCGUUCUCGCCAAGCCGGACGAGUUCACAAAGGACCCGAUGAGCGGAAAAGCUCUCAAGCUCAAACAGCUCAUGCCGGUGCACUUGAAGCGCUCCGAAGAUGAGACCAAAGGCGAGACGGUCGUCAUGUGCUCGGUGAGCAACAAAGCGAUAACGCACCAGAUGCCCGUACUUCUGCGCCCGUCGGGCCAUGUCAUCAUGGAAUCGCUGCUCAAGGACAUGGUGCUGCCGACCAUGACGUGUCCGAUAUCUGGGCUCAAGCUGCGUCAAAAGGACAUCGUGCACCUACAAGCCGGCGGGUCCAGCUUCAGCGCGCACAGCACGGUCGAAGCGAAAAAGUAUCGACCAAGCAUGACGUAAUGAUUAUUUGCAUAUGGAUGCGCGUCAACGAGUUCCAUCGCUUGGCUGUCCAAGAGGGGAUGUGGCCAAGUCAAAGCGCAGAAUACUUGUCGCGAC